CGAGACUAGUCUCCAAAAAGAAACAUUCUGUGAACGAGACAGUGUGGCCCGUGAAGCACGCUGCUGUCGUCGAAGGAGAUAUUAUCCUUGGCGGCCUCAUGAUGGUGCACAGUAGGUCGGAGGGCGCCACCUGCGGGCCGGUGAUGGCGCAGGGCGGAGUGCAGGCGCUGGAGGCAAUGCUGUUCGCGCUGGAAGCGGUGGCGAGCGCUGGCAUAGGGCCGCCCGGCGUGCGCAUCGGCGCACACGUGCUCGACGACUGCGACAACGACACCUACGGCCUCGAGAUGGCGCUCGACUUUAUUAAAGGCUCUAUAAGUAACAUCGACGACGCCGAGUACGCGUGCAACGCGACCGCCGUGCGCAAAGUGAUCUCCGGUGUGGUCGGGGCUGCCUCCAGCGUCACCUCCGUGCAAGUCGCUAACCUGCUGCGCCUCUUCAGGAUACCGCAGGUUAUUCCAAAUUAUCUGGUAUCUUUCUUCUCGACGUCGCCGGAGUUGUCCAACAAGGCACGCUUCGAGUACUUCACACGCACGAUCCCUUCGGACUUACAUCAAGUGCGGGCGAUGGUCGAAAUAGUCAAGAAACUUGGCUGGCGCUACGUGUCUAUUAUUUACGAGGAAUCUAAUUAUGGCAUCAAAGCUUUCGAAGAGCUGGAGACUUUGCUGGCGCGGAACGACAUCUGCAUCGCUGUGAAGGAGCGUCUCGUUAAGGACUCGGGGGAGGCGGAUGAGCGCGCCUACGACGCCAUCGUGUCCCGCCUGCUCACUAGACCUCGCGCCAGAGGUGUCAUCGUGUUCGGGUCGGACCAAGAGGUGGCAGGUGUGAUGGCAGCGGUGGGCCGUAUGCGCGUAACUGACGCGUUCGGCUGGGUGGGAUCUGACGGCUGGAGCGCGCGUUCACUCGUGUCGGACGGGAACGAGGCCGCCGUCGAGGGCACCAUCAGCGUUCAACCUCAGGCCAACCCUGUGCGCGGCUUCCGGGAAUACUUUCUCAAUCUCACUGUGGAAAACAAUCCGAGAAAUCCCUGGUUUGUCGAGUUUUGGGAAGAUCAAUUCAAGUGCCGUUACAAGGGCAGUGCCCGCACGCCCUACAAUGUACAAUACAAGCGCACGUGUUCAGGCGACGAGAAGCUCUCCGCUGACAAUAUAGAGUUCGAAGCGCAACUGCAGUUCGUCACCGACGCGGUGCUGGCCUUCGCCUACGCCAUCAGAGACAUGCACACCGAGCUGUGCGGCGGCAAGUCGGGGCUGUGUGAGGCCAUGCGCCCCGCCAGUGGCGCCACCCUGCUGCGCUACCUGCGUCAAGUACGUUUCACAGGUUUAAGUGGGGACCAAUUUCACUUCGAUACAAAUGGCGACGGCCCAGCGCGUUACAACAUACUGCACUUUAAGCAAGUGUCGCGUGGGGUAUACCGGUGGCUUACAGUGGGUCGCUACCUCGACGGGGAGCUCGAACUGGACAUGAACGAGAUACAAUUUAAGUGGAAUGAACGACAUCCACCCGAGUCGGUCUGCAGCGCUGAAUGUGAGUUGGGGCAGGCCAAACAAUACGUAGAGGGCGAGAGCUGCUGUUGGCACUGCUUCAACUGUACACAAUACGAGAUCCGGUCGCCGGAGAAGGAGACGGCGUGCGAGGAGUGUCAACUGGGCACUCUGCCGGAUACGACUCGGACUCAAUGCGCUCCCGUGCCUGAACUGUACCUGCGACCCGACUCGCCCGCCGCCAUCGGCGCCAUGGCGUUCUCUUCGCUCGGCGUUCUGUUCACUAUGUCGGUGGCGGGCGUGUGGGCGGCGCGCGGUGACACGCCGGUGGUGCGCGCCAGCGGCCGCGAGCUGUCGCUGGUGCUGCUGGCCGGUAUCAUGAUGUGUUACCUGGUCACUUUUGCGCUCGUCUUCCGGCCCACCGAUGUGCUCUGCUCUCUGCAACGUUUUGGUACCGGGUUCUGCUUCACCGUGGUGUAUGCUGCCCUACUUACCAAAACGAACAGGAUUGCGCGCAUUUUCGACGCCAGCAAGCAUUCAGCUCGCAGACCGUCGCUCAUAUCACCGAAGUCGCAGCUGUUCAUUUGCUUCGUCUUGGUGUCUAUACAGGUGGUGAUAGUCGUGGUGUGGCAGAUCAUAUCUCCGGCGCGAGCCAUUCACCACUACCCAACGCGCGAGGACAAUAUGCUGGUGUGUGACUCGUACGUGGACGCUUCCUAUACGAUCGCCUUCUUCUACCCCAUCGUGCUGAUCGUAGUGUGCACCGUUUACGCCGUCCUCACGCGGAAGAUACCAGAGGCCUUCAACGAAAGCAAGCACAUCGGUUUUACGAUGUACACGACAUGCGUGAUCUGGCUCGCGUUCGUCCCGCUGUAUUUUGGCACGGCGAGCCACGUUCCGCUGCGCGUCACCAGUAUGGCGGUCACUAUCUCGCUCAGCGCCAGCGUCACGCUCAUCUGUCUCUUCUUUCCCAAGUUGUAUAUAAUCAUCGUGAGGCCUGAGCGCAACGUCCGCGCGAGUCUGAUGCCGAAUCGCUGGCGCUCCGUGGGCGGUGGCGCAGGCGCCGUGGGGGGCAGCGGGCGCUGCGGAGCUGUGGGCGGCGCCGUGUGCGCCGCGCUCGUCGGCACCGCGCCGCUCCCGCGCGCGCCCGACCUCACGCCCUCCACCGACCUUUCUACGCUCAACGACACAGAAAGGACGAGCUCGUCUGAUCGCAUGGUGCAGACAGAGGAAUCGGCGCUGUUUCCGAGGCAGUUGCGGCGCGAGGCACAGGAAAACGGCUUGCGGCUCGACGCGCGGCACCUGGCCGAGUUACGGGCGGGCCUGCCGGACUUCAGCGCGGAAGUUUACGAGCCGCGGGCGCCUCCACCGGUGGCGGUCGCCGUGGCCAUCGUCGGUGCAGAGCUGCCGUUAUAG